CUCAUUCCCCUCAGAGCCGAAGAUUGUGGGGAAGCCCCAGAAACCCCGCGCCGAAUAUGACGGGAUUAAUGAGCUUAAAGAUCCUCCGAGAUGCUUGAUGGCUCUGCCAGCUGCCCAAGUCGGGAAUCCCCUCCAGCGCCGAUUGGUGCGCAUCGUCGGCAGUGACAAUCGGACCAGGGGUUUGAGUCUCGACGACAGAUGGACCCGGCGGAUGGAGGCAUGAUUGCUUAAAAGAAGGCAAAUGACCAGUAUGUUUGUUUCUGCCAUGCCACCGCACAGUCCUCAUCCUCGACAUGAAGCUCCUCAACACGCUCUGGUCGCUGGCCCUCAUCACCACCACCACACUGGCCAGUCCCACGCCCUCCAGUAUGGACGUCCGCUCCUAUCUCGAGGCGCGCGCCGGACAAUCACUCGAGGCUUCGUCGCCCGCUGUGUCGUACACAAACACCCUGAUCGAGCAGCGUGCCGACCCGCACAUCUACAAGCACACAGAUGGGUUCUACUACUUCACCGCCAGCGUGCCCGCCUACGACCAGAUCAUCCUGCGUCGCGCAGAGACCAUUGACGGCCUCCGCGACGCCCCAGAGACGGUCGUCUAUCAGCGCACGGCUACCGAGGGCCCCGGCAGCGGCUACAUCUGGGCGCCCGAGAUCCACUACAUUGACGGCAAAUGGUACAUCUACGUCGCCCUCGAGCAGGGCCAGCGUGGCUCCUGGGCCAUCCGCCCCGUCGUCUUCGAGGGCACGGGCGACGACCCCCUCGAGGCGACCUGGGAGAACAAGGGCGUCGUCGACACGGGCAUUGACGACUUCUCGCUCGACAUGACCUACUUUGAGGUCAAUGGCGUUCGCUACCUCGCCUGGGCCCAGACAGACCCCGAUUUUGGCUCGGGAACAGGCAUCUUCAUCGCCAAGAUGAUCAACCCCUGGACCGUCGAGCUGCCCUCCGUAGGCAUCACCUACCCCACCCUCGACUGGGAGCGCAUCGGCCACAACGUCAACGAGGGCGCCUAUGUCAUCGUCCGCAACGGCAAGGUCUUCCUGUCCUACUCGGCCAGCGCCACCGACCACAACUACUGUGUCGGCCUGCUCACCGCCGACGAGACGGCCGACCUGACGGACCCAGACGUCUGGAGCAAAGCCCAGGCGCCCGUCUUUGAGAGCUACGAGCCCACGGAGAACUGGGGACCGGGUCAUAACUCAUUCACCAAAUCCGAGGACGGCCUGAGCGAUGUCUUUGUGUACCACUCUCGCGGCUACAAGGACAUUGUAGGCGAACCCCUGAAUAACCCGGACCGACGUACGCGCGUCCAGAAGUUGUACUGGAAGGCGGAUGGCACUCCUGACUUUGGCAUCCCCGUCGCUGAGGGCAAGACACCUGUCAAACUCGCCGCUGCGGGGGGUUAUCUGGCCAAUAAUGGGGACGGCGAACCCAUUGUCGUCUCGGUGGAGGCGAGCCUUGGACAGACCCUGUUCCGCGUCAACGAACCUGGUUCGGCGGGUGAGGGCACCGUCAGCUUGGAGAGUGGUAACCUACCUGGACACUUUGUCAGCAACCAAGACGGUCGUGCUGUACUGGUCAGCGCGUCGGACUCUGACGAGUUCAAGGCGGCUGCGAGCUUUGAGAAGGUGGCUGGGUUGGCUGGGGAGGGUGUCUCUUUCAAGUCGGGGGAUCUGUAUCUGAGUACUGGGUCAUGCGGUGUCAAGUUUAUUGAGUCGCCGACGGACGAGGGAGCCACGUUUACUGAGGAGUAGUGGCACCAAAACAUCUUUUUUUCUUGUCUGUAUUGGACCUGGCAGCAUCUUUGCGUCACAUUGAUCAUGUCACCGCUCGUGCACAGAGUGUCCGAACCCUGAAUGAUUGGAUUUGUGUCGUGCUUGUGUCAAUUGAAGGUCGUGAUAUUGUGGGAAGCUCAGCCCUUGCUGUCCGGCAUGAACGCGAAGACACAAGCCCACCCAUGACUUUCCUGCCCCUG